UCGUAGCAGAGUCGUAGAAACGAUAACCAGAUCAUUUAGUUAAGCAAGAUGGGAUGCGACGGCGGUACCAUUCCCAGGCGAGAUGAAUUAGUGAGGGUUAAGAAGAAAGCAGAACAGAAAGAUAAAGUUGCUGAGCUGGAUGCUAAAUGGAAACGCUGUGCAAUAUCACAAGAACCCCUGCGGCCACCAAUCAUGGCUUGUGAGCUUGGAAAAUUGUAUAAUAAAGAGUGUGUUUUGGAACUUCUGUUGGAUCGGACCAAAUUUGAAUGUGCAUCCAGCUUCUCUCAUCUCCGAGGAUUUAAGGACCUGAAAGAGCUGAAUCUAACAGAAAAUCCAGCAUAUGAGAAACCGAAGAAUGAGAAGGGAGAUGGCUACAUCGAUACAAAUAUUGCCCCGUAUAUCUGUCCUGUUGUGGGUAUAGAGAUGAAUGGCAAACACAGAUUUUCAGUGUUGUGGAAAUGUGGAUGUGUUUUAUCUGAGAGAGCCAAUAAGGAGGUUAAAGGUCAGAUUUGCCACAAGUGUGGGUCUCCCUACAGCCAGGAGGACAUAGUCAUACUAAAUGGGACACACGAUGAGGUUGAUGAUUUAUACAAACGUAUGGAGGCCAGGAGAUUACAGGCAAAACUGGAAAAGAAAUCUAAAAAAGCGAAGAAACACAAAGCACCAGAGGCUGCUGCUGGAUCAGCUAGCCAAGAGACAGAAUCAGCAUCUUCAAGUAAAAUGUCCAGGAUUGAGUCUGGGACAUCACAGUACAGUUUAACUGAUGGAAAGUCAUCCCACACCUCCAAACUGACCAAUGGAAACAUGGAUUACAAAUCGAGACGUGUAAAUGGAAAAACAGAAGAGGCAAAAAAAACAAAAACUGGUGGCAGUGUUCAAGAUAACCCUAAUGCUAGCAAAGUGUAUAAGUCUUUGUUUACCACAAGUGACUUGGCUAAAAACCAACAAAGUGCACACUGGGUUACAUUUAACCCACAAUAUAAUUAGACACCAACACAUAGAUGGCAACUCUCUACUUUAUAUUCAUGACAAAUUCACAAACAAGGCAGAUUUUAUCAAGGAAUCAAACUUAAAAAAAUAUUCUAUCUUUAGAAGCAUCAUGAUAUAAUUGGUUUUAUUUUAGUUCAUGAAAAGAUUUACUUUUAUUCAUGAAUAUCUAAAACUAAACUAAAAAGAUCUUGCCAUUCCAGUGAAUAUGAUGUAAAAGGUAAUCAGCAAUGCCUUACUGGUUUUUUGGGUACAGUAUAAAUGAAAUAUAUCCAUGCAAUUUAAUCAAGAAAAGAUCAUAGCAAUUUUAUGUACCAAUCAUCACAAUUUUUUCUUUCAUUUAUUUUGUAAAAACAGAAAAAAUAAAAGUUAACAAUCUUU